UUUGCUUCCAAUCUGAGACAGGUGUCACUGGACUCCAAGCAAGAACCAAACACGCGGACAAUUGCUCGUGACAAGGAUCUAGCGCACAACCCCUCUCUCAUAUUCCCAAUAUCGCUGAAGUCAGGUCUACUACCCAGUAUGGAAACCUCAUUGUUGAGCAGGUUGCCGGCAGAGCUGCGCAAUGCGAUCUACGAAUACACCCUGCUGGAAGGAGACAACGGACUCGAAACGAUAUACCUCGGCCGUGGCAGUCAGGACGAUGGCCUCGCGGCUUAUCCCAUGACCGACCAACACGAAGCGUCUCCUCUACUCAUUCGCGGUCUUCCUGCAGUCAGCAGACAACUACGAUGGGAGACACUGCCAGUGUACUACUCCAUCAAUCGAUUCUGUAUACAAACGGAGUAUCUCAAAAGCGAGCAAAAGAGCGAGGUCAUUGAGCAGAUACAAACAUGGGCGCAAAGGAUAGGCCAUGAACAGGCCCGAGAAAUGCGACAUGUCACCAUAAGCCUGGCGUCUUUCAAAGGGCAGCAGAGCCCACCGGUGUCCCUUAAUAUUGACUGGGACCAUAUGCGAAUAUUACGACAGCUCUUUCAUCCUCGCGGCAGGCUGGACAUUCGGUUCUAUUUGGACGGCACCAAGACAAAGACAGCGACGUUUACGCUAGGGUCGAGGAGGUCGAUUGAAGAGCAGCUCGAUCGUAUGGCGGAGGUUUGGUGCGGGAGGUGGCAGAAAACGCGGAAGUACAGUGAAUUGGAGGCGCAGAUGUUGGCGAGUCUGUAUAGAGCUGAGAUCGCGAAGUUGUUCGUCGAUAUGCCGGAUUAUGUGUAGGUAGUUGGCGUGAUUCAUUAGUCGAGAAGCGUCGUCGCGGGCGGUCGGCCUCGGCAGACUUGCAGCGUCCUCGCGUCAACGGAUGUCCGACACAGAUCUGCUCUUCUUGCUUCUUCGUGUUAUCAAUUCACUUCAUCUCAUCUCGUAGGCACUUUCGUUAUCUGUCGCCGUCUGCGAAUACCUGCGCGGCGAAGUACGAGUGAUGGCGCAGAGACCGAGACGUCUCCGUCCCACGCUGCCGUGAUCCGGGCCAGCUUGAGCUUGCUUCACCCGGCCAUCCAGGCAACUCGCGUUCCAUGC